UAAGUUUUGAUAAAAUUGAAAAUGUGGUUUUGGACGUCCUUGCAGAUAACCUACGAUAUGAGAAACAAGUUGUCUUAAAUAGAAAAGCAGAAGAAGCAGCAGUAACAGAGUUAUUAUCAGUGCAUGAGGAACUUUCUGAUAAUAGUGAAAGCAGUUUGGAAGAAGAAAAAAGGGUGAAUAUUGAUGUAAUUGACCUUAUUAAUAUUUCAUCAAUAAGUUUAGCUUCACCAUAUGAAUCAUUUCAUCGAUUUCUUUCAUUCAAUUAUAUUGAACAGUAUGUAAUUAAUUCCAUUAAUAGGCAUGGAAAAGAUGUUUCAAACUGGCUGGAGCUUUGUGAAAAUAAGGAAAUUGAAAAAAAUAAGCAGUUUGCAUCAGAAUAUGAUAUUGCAGUUGUUGAUAGUGUGCAAUUAAUUGCAGCAUCUCUAAAAGAUCGAAAACCACAGUGCAUUAUUGCAACUUCAUCAACUACAACACAAGAUGAUGAAGUUGAACAUAUAGUCAAGAAACAUAAUAAUUUAUCAUUAGUUAAAUUUAUAUGA